CUAAGUGAUGCACAUACAGUAUGUAAGGAAUAGAAAACGUCUAUUUUUCACGUCAUAGCCUCCAGUCCAUGAAACAUGGUUACUGUGGCAACACAAAACUCUCAUGGCGUCCCUCCUAGCAGACCCGCUGUUUGAAAUCUCUGGACGGGGUCCCUCAACGAACAAAAACUUCUAUAACUUUGUCGUCACUAAGUCGAAUGUGAUAUGGAGAUGGUGGCUGAUUUCUCCCAGAGCUGUAUACAGACUUUCAAAGCCUGGCCAGCUGAUUCUGUCUUACGAGGACUUCCUGGAUGACAUCAAGUUACAAAGAGAGCUCAGCGUGAUCUUUGGCACCGGUACCUUGCAGUACGCCAAAGCUUUAUGCCAAGGCCAGUAUGAUUACCUGGAACGCCUUCCUGACUCUUUACUUUUGCGGAUCAUCAACUAUCUAGAGCUCGAGGAUGUGGGACAGCUUGGACGGACCUCACACAGGUUCAGGCAGCUAUGUGGAUCAGAGGACUUCUGGGAGCAGGCUGUGCGGCGUCGCUGCAAGACAGUUUCUGCUGAGGUCUCCUCCCUGGCACGAGAGGUGGGUUGGCGCAACAUCUUCUUCACCAACAAGCUGCAGCUGCAGAAGCUCAUCAGCCGCCGGAGGCUGAGGGGCGACGAACAGAAGGCAGAGGAAACUCACGGUAGAAGGUCAGAGACGUCUCAUCCCGACCUAAAACCGACAGGGUUGAAGGCCUCAGGGGAAGAAGGAAAUCAUUAAAACAGAAAAAAAGCUUGGUUUCACUUGUGUCUGGAAAGUUCUGAGGACCAUUUGAGUUUUAUCAAGGCUCCCAUGAGCGCAUGUAACUAGUAUUUUACUCAGGAGAGCAUUGACCUCUGCCAAGGCCACACUGUUCACAAAAGUGAUGGGGUGUACAGUAGGUCCCCACUUUUCGUGGGGUUACUGUUCCCAGCCUGCCAGCGAACGGUGAAAAUCCACAAGUUAUUGAUACGUCAGUAAAAUGUCUAUUUUGGACACACGGCUCCAAACCUCCUGCCAGCUUGACGUUGACGUUCCAUUCCAAUUUCGGGUAAACCUUUGCAAUGAAAUUGGAAUGAUUAGUUUUCAGCUCUUGAACCCUCACUCUUCCAUUGCCAUUGUUCACUAGCGAUGGAAGCUAACUAGUUUGUUUGUUAGCAGGCUACUUCCUGGUUCAUGGAGGGUGACAGACACAUGGUGCCAAUUUGUCUCUCUUACCUUAUCCAUCUAGCUAAUCUCUAAUACUAUUUACUCUUUUAUCGUGUCAAAAUGACAGCCUUCUGUCCUUAAAAAACAUUUCAAUGUUUGCUAUUUUGGUCGAAGAAUCCAAAAUACGUGCAUAACUAAACAGGUCUGUAUAACCUCAGCAGUUCCAGUGAAAGAUUGUUAUGCGCCAUUUGAAAGUUAACACCACAAAUACCAACUGAAAACACUAAUUGAGAUGAAACACAGAUGAGAGACAACGCUACUGCUUUUUGAUUAGCAUGUGAUCACCACAUUGAGUUACAUCAUGACAUCACCAAUUCCUAGAAGGCGCAGCAGUCUGUUCGCGCUAAUAGGAUUAUGAAUAAAUAGGAAGAAAUGAUCCUCUAGAGGGCGCAGUGUGCCACAUCCUUCUGUGGAGAGAACUGCAUCAUCAUCAUCACACAAUCAGAUGGGUACCUCUCGCUGAGAGAGAUCAUUGUAAGAUCAAAUUUUAUGUUCAAUAGUUUUGGACACCUGCGUGCCAGGUGGAGAAAAUGCCUGGUAGGACAAAGCCGUGGGGGUGACACGGUCACAACAAACAUAUUACUUUCGUGAUUCAUUUCACUUUCAAGUGGUUGUGCAGCAAAGUGCAGGCUGCUCUCUCACAACAAGGAGGUCCUGGGUUUGACGCUGACCUUUUUGCACAGAGUUUGCAUAUCCCCUCUGCGCUUGGAUGAACCUCCCCCUCCAAGUUAUCUGCGUCCCCAUGAUUCCUGACAGGAGAUACAAACGGGGUAUUUUUGGAUGGACAGUACUAACCUCAGUUCUAAUCUCCUCUCCUCAGAUUUUGCACAUGGGCUAAACUACAGCCAGUAUACUGCUGACGGCACUUAAAAAAAAAUUAACUCUUUAAUUGCCUCAAUUGUGAAAACAUCAACUAUUUUCCUCAUUUCCUACUAAAUAUCAUCAAUGCCACUGUAACUGCUGUCUCCAAAAAGUUACAUUUAAACGUUAACCAAAUCUGAAAUUCGGGGCUAUUCAAUUACAUUGUUCUGAGGAUCAGACUUCUUCAUUCACUAUUAUUUUUAUUUUGUUUGUGAUGUUAGCACAAGGCUGUGACAUAGCACUUUUACAUCACCGAAUGGCCAACACAGUCAUAAAUUAGUCAUACAUAAAAACGGAAGCACUAGGUUACGCUAGUCAAAUAUCUUCUACAUGACUGAAGCGUGCUACUUAGGGAUGUCUCAAUCCGAUCUGCCCAUCAGCUGUAUCAGGCUAGAUGAGUAUAUUUUCAUUGUGUUGUGUUUUACUGCUUUAAUGUAAGGACCAUUUUUCAUUUCCCACUGACGACGUGCAGGUUCUAAGUGAAAAAACACGAGAGGCACAUUUAUUCUUGCACCCAGCACAUAUCAACCGUCAAUUGCCAUUUGCAACACACACAACACAUUCCGGCCUUCAAAAUAAGAGCGCUUUUUUAUCACAUUUGUCUAAUUGUGUAAACAAAAUAAGGGUGUCAUUUAAAAUUUUGCGAUUGGAAUGACAUCUGUGACUCCAACUUCCUUAAUCACAAGCACGGGCAUCACAGUUUGUUGAAGAUUUUGUAGCAAUAUGUGCUGAGGCUGACAUCCCUUUAGAAAAGUUAUCUAAGCUACAUCCAUUUCUCAGUUACUGGACAAAAUGGGCCAAUGAUGCAUUGCAUCAAUAAAUGUAUUGAUGAUUAUUGCAAUGUAUUCACUAACCCACAUAGCACACUCUCUGUUCUGGUAAAAUAAGUGGAAAAGGUAAAAAUCUGAAUUGUAAAAAAUUAAAACAGAGAAAACGGCAUUUGGGGAAAAAUAACUGAUUUCAUAGGGCCCUAAGAGAGUUUGUUGAAAAAAAAAAAAAACUUAUUCUAAAUCACACCACAAAUUGAUCUAUAACCAUGUCAAAUGAUUAGUCCUACCCUAAAAGUAUUUUGCAUGCCCAUUUUUUCCCCAAUUUUAUCUUUUAUUGGGUUUUUUUAUUGGAUUAGUGACCUGGCUCACAGAGGUUUGUUACAAAAGCCAAACAAUAUUGUUGGUCAUGCUGUGUAAUAAAAAAGGAAAUUCAGCAAUACUUUGGUUGCAUUAUUUUUACUCCUUUGAAGAGCUAUUUUCAAAACCAUAUUCAAUUCCACAAAUUCAGUAGUCAGCUUAUUAUUAUUAAAAAACAAACAAAAGAAUAUUAUCGGAUCAAAACGGAAAGACUAUAAAAAAUAUCGGAUCGGAUCAGAAGCCAAAAAAUGUGGAUCGGGACAUCCCUAGUGCUAAUGUUUUCAAAGACCCGCUACCAAAAGCGCUUGACCUGGGAUCUUUGAUUAGCGUUUUUGGCAGUUGGUCCUAAAAAACAGCAGAGGGCUUACUACAGUACAUACCCACUGGUCAAAGACCCUCUAUUUACCAAAUGUGCUCUGCUGUUUUAAGGAAUCUUCUGCUCUUAAGUUUCACUUCAAACUGAAGUUGUGGACCAGUUGAAUAGCUGUCUUAUAGACAGAUAGAUAGAUUGGUAGAUAGGUAGCUAGGUAGAUAUACAGUAGUCCCUCGCGUAACGUAAACCUCCUUUUACGUAAAUUCCACUGAACGUAAAGAAUUUAUGUAAAUUUUUUGCAUCGUAUUACGUAAGGAAUUCCAUAUAACGUAAAGCGUCAAAUCCGUGCAAGCGACAGAGAGACUAACAGUACACUUGGUGACGCCUUCUGGCUUCACGCUCUCAUUAGCUGAUUAUCGGGGCAACGCCUACGCUGUCAUCUCAUUGGCUGAUGAUCGGGGCACCGCCUACGCUCUUAUCUCAUUGGCUGACUUAUCCAGCACUUCCAGUUUGUGUGUGAGCUCCCUUCCUCAUCUUAGUCGCCCUUAAACUAGUUUGCACGCAUUGAAAUCUCUUCUUAAUUUGUUUACUUUUAUUUGUGUUAAAAUUACCGGAGUCAUGGGCCCUAAACCAAGUGUAAGUGGUAAGAAUAAAGGGAAAAAUUGUCGAUCGAAACGAAACAGGAACUUAUGCAGAAAUUCUGACGCUUCAUGCUCUCAUUGGCUGAUUAUCGGAGCACCGCCUACGCUCUCAUCUCAUUGGCUGACUAAUCCAGCGCGUCGGUGCGUUUAUGAGAGACAUGCUGCUUACUUCCUCAUCGUAGUUGCCCUUAAACUAGUUCGCACGCAUUGAAAUUUCUUUUUAAUUUGUUUACUUUUCUUUGUGUUAAAAUGACUGGAGUCAUGGGCCCUAAACUAAGUGUAAGUGAGAAGAAAAAAAGGGAAAAGUUGUCGAUCGAAACAAAGCAGGAAAUAAUCCAGAAGCAUGACGGUGGUAUGAAAUUAAGUGAUGUUGCUAGACUAUACGGCCGUUCCCCAUCGAACAUUAUACCUUAUUUACCUUAUUUUAUAUUGGAAUGUUACUCUACUAUGUUUAUGCUGUUUUCUUAUAUUUUACCACCAUAUUUGGUGGACUUUGAAUAUUUUGAAGGCCCAAAGGUGUGAGUUUGGGAAGAUCUUGGAAUGGAUUAGGCUAUUUACAUGUAUUUUACGCUUCGUAUAACAUAAAAUCCCUAACAUAAAGGUUCUUGGAACGGAUUAUUUGCGUCGUAGGGACGUCGACUGUACAGAUAAAUGCUUUCAUUAUUGCACAGAAAACUGAAAACCAGAACAUCAGAGUAGUACAAUUUCUUCAAAGUUGACAGGUUUGAAUACCUUUACCCUGACUUUACCAAUGAUUUUUAAUUUACUGUAAUUUACCAUACCAAUAUG